AUGGAACCUAAACCACGGCUAAUUGCUCCUACUCCAAAUCAAGUGAGCUCAUCAUCAACCCCAAUCGAUCCAUCUCGGUUUAAUCGAACUUAUCAAUUUUUUCCUCCGUUACAAUCACGAGACACAUCUCAACCAAUCAUUAAUAAUUGGAUGAUGCCAAUCUUCUCUUUACAUGCCCCAACUCCUCAACACAUUCAUCCUUCUGCUUCACUAAACAAUCAAAAUCAUAUGUAUAUGGUACCAAUUUCUAAUAGUAAUAAUCAUGUAACUUUUUCUCCUUCCUCUUCCACCUCCUCUCAUUUUUCUGAUGCCAUCACACCCCGUAUUUCCCCUUAUCCUGGAAAUUCCCCUAAUCCCUCUUCUAAUCUUAACUCACCUCCGUCGUCAUCUACCGUCUCACGUAAUAGACAUAAAUGUGAUUGGCCUGGUUGUACUUGGAGUUUUAAACGUUUAGAACAUUUAAAACGUCAUAUGAUUACUCAUACUGGUGAACGUAAAUAUACCUGUCAUUAUCCUGGUUGUGGUAAAAAAUUUGGAAGAUCUGAUAAUUUUGCCGCACACUACAAAACCCAUACUAAAUCUAAUCCGAGAAGAUCAAGAAAAUCUACCAAUGUCUUGAAUAAUUCUACUGAUAUUUCUGCUUUGGAUAUUGCCCUCCCUCAAGAUAAUCCUACUUUAACUAAUGGUAUUUCCGGAAUUAUGACUAUACAAUUACCACCCCCUCCCCCUCCUCCUGCUGUACCUUCAUCUUCCUUAACUCAAGAUCAGAUUGAUGCUUUCCAUUAUUAUUGUGAUACUACUUCCGCUUCUAACACAAAUUCUCGUUCUUCAAUUUCCGACAAUUCUUCUACUUCUGCUGAUCAUACUUUGCGAUACAGAGAAUGUUACUAG